UACUGGGGUAUAGCUGUCAUCAGUCAUCAACACACAUGAAACAUUUUUUUUUUACAUAUCUCUCUUAUUCCAAUCUUCGCGAGCUAUCUCAAUCGCAAAUAAAACCCGUCAGGUAGACUCCUUCCUGUUAUUUAACAGUAAAGUGAACGGGUUCGUCAAAUACGCUGACCUUGCUGAUCGAUACAUGGAUCGAUUGAUUGACUGAUUGAUUGAUGGUGUGAUUACUGUCAUUGCAGUUCAGUGCAUCUUAAUUUGAGUAUGCCAUGACCUACAUGUAGUCAUAAGAUAUGUGCUCUCGCCUUAUCAAAGCUAAUAACCAAAUGGCAGGUAUUAAAGUUUCUUUUGAAACAUCGUAACGGACGAUAACUCUCUAGAAUCAAACACGAGAUCCUCAAAGAGCAUACGGCAUCUGCUUAAUGGCGGGAAGGUGAACACAAGCUGUUUAAUAGUUGAAAAUCAUUUGUUUUAAUUUUUCGAGGUAAUGGAAUCGAUUAAACAAUUGGUGGCUGUGUUUUAACGUCGCCACAUGAAAUUACAUUAACUAGUAGCUCGUCAGAGUAAUUUGAGAGGAGCAAAAUCAGUUUAUAGCUAUGGCACGAUAUGCAUAAGAUGUUUGUUAUAGCCUCAUAAUACUUUGCAUUUCCAAGUUUGAAAGAAAGUAAAAUUUCCUGAAAUGGUCCCUCGGUGAAGAAUUUUACGAAGAAAGGUCCCAAGAUUGUGAAACGCGUAAUUUUUCAUCUUCUUUUUCCCAGGAGCGAAGAAAAGGACCUGUCCACCUUCUGUUUUUCCGAUGUGGCAGCAUAAUCUGAUUACUUACCGUACGUCUAAUUCCUCUCUCUUGAUACGUGAUAUAAAUUACAGACUGAUUGAGUUGGUGACAUGAACUUGAUUUAAUUUGUGUUGAACUUUGCUAACUCGCAUAGCCUCAGGUGACCUGGAAAAUCGCCAUUUUUGCAAGAUUGAUUGAUUGUCAUUUGCUGAGUCACUAGGAAAAUAGCUCCUGAAAAUAGGCCGAUGUUUCUCGUCUUUAGUCAAGAGUUUGUAAUCUAUAUAUGAAUGAUAGUAAAUGAGAUUAUUUCUUUGAUUCAACAAUAAUUUAUAAGACUAUUAAUCGCCCCUGGUCAUGCAAUAACGAAUUACAUUUGAAGGAACAUAUUUACAUAGCCAUAUCAUAGCUAUUCAUGCAACUGGCGGAAGGAUAUCAAUCAUUUGUAGGCCAGCGACGUAUUUUGCAAUGGCUACACUAAGAUAUUGAACAGUUGGAAAUAUUUAACGAGAUGAAUCAUUUCCAAUAAGAUGCCUUGUAUAUCGGUUCUUAAGACUACACGAAAGUACGCCUUAUUAUAUCAUUUCAGAUAUAUAAGAUUAACAUAUCAUAUGCCUGAUAACGAAAUCUAUCCCAAUUUUUGUUUCUACGCUAUAUGCAGUUCUCACGUGCUUGCAUGAUGUAUUCAAACAAAGGUCAGCCCUAACGGUUUUUUGUUAUCCAAUUAGGAAUUUCAUCUUUUCUUAAAAAAAUCGCGUUAUCCAAUUAAACAUUUCCUCAUUUACUGCCACGGAUAAGCAGUCUUGAACGGGACCCUCGUGACGGCCAUUCUCUUUAAAAUUGACACCAUUAGUGCUGUCUCUGGAUAUAAGGGAAGGAAUUGACUACUAUGACAAGUGUGCAUAAAACUACACGCAAUCAGCAGUAGGUGCAGUCCUUGCACCCUAUAUAAGAACUUACCACCAAGGUCGUCGUCAAUAAACUAUUUUUUCGCAUCGAGAUAUGUAUUUCCUAGUUAAAAAAAGCAACAACAUAUGCUCUUUUGUCAGUUCUUAUGAGGAGAGCGAAGGAGGCGGUUUAAAAGGUGUUUGCAUCCGAUAAGGCGAAAAAAAAGAACAACCGAGAAAAAGACUUGCAUGUUCUUAGCGAUCCAUCUUUAAUGUGGAUUCCUCUUUUAUCAAGUGGAAGAUAUCUCCGGAUGGGGAAGUUCUGUCAUGCUUUUUCUGGCACUUUCUGUGACCCUUCAAAUAAAGCCAUCAACACGUGCAGCCCCAAUAGAUUGUAAAAAUAACACUGCAGUCUGCUUGCAAGAAAUAAUCAAGCAAAUCACUGAACUUCGAUACGAGGUUAACAUUCUUAUGGAGAACAAAACAUUGGCGAGACCUAAGAACUGUGCUGAACUGUACAAAUCCGGCCGAAGGAUCAGCGGUGUUUAUGCAAUCGACCCAGAUGGUUCAGGUGCCUUUAAUGUAUAUUGUGACCAAACAACAUCCGGUGGGGGCUGGGCAGUGUUUCAGAAAAGACUAGAUGGCUCCGUUGAUUUUAACCGCACCUGGGAUGACUACAAACAUGGCUUUGGUAAUUUGGUCGGUGAAUUUUGGCUUGGCCUGGACAAGAUACACCGCCUGACACGAAACAUGACAUAUAACAGGCUUCGAGUAGAUCUGGGAGCAAUUACUGGCAAAACUGUUCACGCUGAGUAUGACUGGUUCGGGAUUGGGACCGAGAUGGUAGAGUACCGGCUGUACAUUGGCAAUAUUACAAGAACAGAUGCGAAUAAUUCUUCUGAUCCCCUCAUUCGUCACAGAGAUUUCCAUUUUGGUACCUGGAAUAGAGAUCCUGCAGAUUGUGCCCAAAAAAGGGGCGGAGGCUGGUGGUAUGAAAACAAGUGUGACCUUGCUGUUUCAUCAAAUCUCAACGGAAUAUAUCCCCGUUGUGGAAAUUACACCGGGACAGAUAUCCACUGGGAUAAAUUAGUUCCAGCCAAUCCCGAAGGCAGCGCUCCUACAUCAACUGAAAUGAAAAUUAGACCAGUGAACUUUUUUUAAAACUUCCGGGCGAAUAAACACCCCAUAAGUGAAUAGUGAUUCUUGCGUGUUCUAAUUGGACGCCUUCGGAGGUGAUAAGUUAUGUAAGAUUCGCCUCUACCUUGCUUUUACUAAGAUUGGGAUUUGCUGAUUAGUGAUAAAGUGGCCUUUAGUUGUUUGAAGUUAAAUGAAUUCCACCGAGGAAAUACCAUCGUUAACUGCUUCCCUAGCGUCAAAACAUCAAGUGCAGUAAUUUGCAUGCAUAGUGAUGUUGAUCCUAUUUUCCAUACCUUAUAUCCCUUAAUUCAGCUUUCUAAUAUCUUACCUAGUAAUUUAUACGCUUGGUUAGGUCUGCAUGGAUAAAAUCUAUAUCGAUGAUGUUUUGAAACAUUAAGAAGUAGCUUGCACGACAAGAAAAAAAUCGUUUUCUUUUUUUCAACCUCUUUUAGCUCGAGGGUUAAAGAUAUUUAUAGUUUGUUUGCAGAUAAGUAAAAGUAACGACAUCAUAGUCUCAACCAUUUUUUAUCAAAUGUGAUUUUAGAGAUGAAUCAUUUCAUUACAUCAAAGUUAACUCAGAAGGAGUUUUACCUACAUAUGAACAUUAUGAGCUACUUGCCUGGAUGUUAUACAUGACUCUCUUUAUCGUUUGUACAUUUUUUACCAUUUCUUACGGACUUUUAAAGCUAAACUAUCUCAGAGUUAUCAAGAUCAA